UCAAAGAUUUGAAAGAAAACGCAGCGAUCUGAUUCAUCUUUUGGUGCGAAAAGUGGUAGAUACACACAAUUCACUCCCUUCCUCAAUCGUUGAUUAGAUUAAGAUGAGUUUGAAUUCUUGUAAAAGAGCAUCAUCAUCUUCUGAUGCUAAUAGGAGGAAGAAGAAGCAGCAGAAAACAACUACCACCACCAACCAGAAAACCUUAGGCGUCGCCUGGGGGAAGAACUCUUCUAAUUCCACAAAAUCCCCUUUCUCCGAUGUUGCCAGUUACAUGACUGAGAAGAAUCGAAAACUACACAAUCAGUUUAACACCGAAGAAGCUUCCACUUCUUGUGGGAACCCUAUAUUCGCCGGAGUUUCAAUUUUUGUCGAUGGUUUCACCGUUCCAUCCAGUCAGGAACUGCGUGGAUACAUGUUAAAGUAUGGUGGAAGAUUUGAGAAUUAUUUCUCAAGGCAUCGUGUAACACAUAUCAUCUGCACCAAUCUUCCUCACACUAAACUUAAGAAUCUCAGAGCUUUCAGUGCAGGGCUUCCUAUUGUAAAACCAACUUGGAUUUUAGAUUCUGUUGCUUCUAAUCGACUAUUGACUUGGGCGCCUUAUCAACUUCACCAGCUUUCUAAUAACCAACAACCAAAACUAUCCAAAUUCUUCACAUUCACAACUACCAAAAAUUCUGAGGAUUCCCUUUGUCAAGUAGAGUCAGACAUUGAAGAUUCAUUUAUUAGUGCUGGAAAAUCAGAGGGUAGACAUUCAUCCGAAGUCGGGGAUGUGGUUGAAUCUAGCAGGCAAAUCAUUACCGAAGCUGAUGACAAUGUCUCGGAGAAUACUGAUGCAAUUAUGAUGGAAGAGCUGCUGGCUAGUGCUGGAAUUAAGUGUGAUGAAGAAGAUCCAGUGGGAGGAAGCAAUGAUGCUGCUAAAGACGAGGAAAACAUCCAAGGUGAACUCGAAUCUAGUUGUCAAGAACCUUCUGCAUCAGUUAGUAGCCUCCGCUCCGUAAAUGAAAUUCCAACUUCUGCCUCCACCAAGCCUUCUAAGCAGUGUCAUUCAACUCUUUCCGAUCCUAAUUUUGUGGAAAAUUAUUUCAAGAACUCACGGCUACACUUCAUUGGAACUUGGAGAAAUCGGUAUCGGAAGCGUUUUCCAACCUUUUCUACUGGGUUUGACAAUGAAAUUUCUAAUAUCAAUGCCUCUAGUGUUUAUGGGAACUCAGUCGUUAUCCAUGUUGACAUGGAUUGCUUUUUUGUCUCGGUGGUUAUCAGGAGCCACCCUGAAUUGUUGGAUAAGCCUGUAGCUGUCUGCCACUCGAAUAAUUCUAAGGGAACUGCUGAGAUUUCCUCUGCAAACUACCCAGCACGUAGUUAUGGUAUUAAGGCUGGUAUGUUUGUUCGAGAUGCCAAGGCUCUUUGUCCCCACCUUGUUAUCUUUCCAUACAACUUUGAAGCGUACGAAGAAGUAGCUGAUCAAUUUUAUAGUACAUUGCAUCGACAUUGCAACAAAGUGCAGGCUGUAAGCUGUGAUGAAGCAUUUUUAGAUGUCACCCAUUCAAAGGUUGAAGAUCCUGAACUUUUAGCGUCAUCAAUCAGGAAAGAGAUCUAUGAGACCACUGGAUGUACAGCCAGUGCUGGCAUAGCUGGAAACAUGCUUAUGUCUCGUAUUGCUACUAGAACUGCUAAGCCAAACGGUCAAUAUCAUAUAACUCCAGAAAGGGUUGAAGAUCAUUUAAGUCAACUCCCAAUUAAUGCACUUCCUGGAGUAGGGCAUGCUUUACAGGAAAAAUUGAAGAAGCAGAAUGUUCAAACGUGCGGACAGUUGAUGAUGAUUUCAAAGGUCUCACUGCAGAAGGACUAUGGAAUGAAAACAGGAGAAAUGCUGUGGAAUUAUAGCAGAGGAAUUGAUACCCGGUUGGUUGGGGAAUUUCAGGAAUGCAAGUCUAUUGGUGCUGAUGUAAAUUGGGGUGUGAGGUUCAACGAUAUGAAAGAUUGUGAGAACUUCCUAACUAACCUUUGCAAGGAGGUCUCAUUAAGAUUGCAAGGUUGUGGCAUGCAAGGGCGCACUUUCUCUCUCAAGAUCAAAAAGAGAAGAAAAGAUGCUGAUGAACCUGCAAAAUUUAUGGGCUGUGGAGAUUGUGAAAAUUUGAGUCACUCAGUAACGAUUCCCGUUGCUACUGAUAAUUUGGAAGUACUCCAUAGGAUAGCAAAGCAGCUUUUUGGAAAUUUUUAUAUAGAUGUCAAGGAGAUUCGAGGUAUUGGCCUGCAAGUUUCCAGACUUGAAAGUAGCAAGGCAUCUAAGCAAGGUGCAGAAAAAUAUAAUUUGAAAUCAUGGGUCACUUCAAGAUCUGCAAGUAUGGAUAAACAGAAACAUCCCAUGGGUAAUGGUCAUGACAAGCAGAAUAUGGACGGCACUUCCAUUCAUGGAUGUAGAGAUUUGCGAGGGUCUUCAGUUGAAAAGGACAACAACAUACAAGAUAACCAAGCUAGUGCUGACCGAAUUUCAACACCACCUCCUUUGUGUCACCUUGAUGUGGAAGUUAUAAGGAAUCUUCCCCCAGAAGUAUUUUCAGAACUAAAUGAAAUUUAUGGAGGCAAGUUAGUUGAUUAUAUUACUAAAGGAAAAGGCAUAAGUGAGAGUUCUAGCUCUUUACAAAGCUCACUUUUGGAAAAAGAAGCAACAAACAAGGAAAAGGAGCUUUUGGAUGUGGAUCCGAUUCCUCAAAAAAAGCCAUUAUCUGAGAUUGAGGUAAUGCAACAUGAGGCGGAAGGAGGUGAAGUUGUACCUGAUUUAGGGUCUGGGCCGUCUUGUAACGUUAAUCCCAAAUCAAGUUUCGAAAAAGAUGAUUUAUUGCCUUCUUCUUUAAGUCAAGUUGACGGUUCUGUGUUACGAGAAUUGCCUGAGGAUUUGAAAGCAGUCAUUGUUCUGCAGCUUCCUGCACACAGGAGACAGGAUAUUAGCUCCAAUGUUACUCUGGUUCCUCCUAGUGAAAACCAUCAGGUGUCAUUAGGUGUCAAGAAUUCCGAGAAUCUUGGAUCAAAUGUUCUGAAUGAAUGUCUUUGGGCUGGGAAUCCUCCGAAAUGGGUGGAGGAGUUUAAAAUGAGCAGUUGCUUAAUUUUAAAUAAACUUGCCGAAGUUUAUUAUAAGUCAGGGUUGACUAGCACACUGUCAUCAGUUUUGCACCAAAUAAUAUCUGAAUUCCACCUGCUAAAUCUAGUCCAUCAGAUUUCUGAUGACUCUGUCAACAUCAUGUGUGAGCUACUGAAGCAGUAUAUCAAAAUGAAGAUUGGAAAAGAUAUUGAAGAGAUUUAUAUUUGUUUUCGGCUUCUGAAAAGGUUUGCAGCAAAAUCACAACUUUUCCUACAAGUGUAUAAUGGUGUAUUUCCAUACCUUCAGGAAGCUGUUGAUGACAAUUAUGGAGGAAGUUUGUUUAUAACCCCAUAGUAACACUCAGAUAGUCAAAUUCUUCUACUAUGGGAAAUUAAGCAAAAUUCUAUGAUUGCUAUGUGAGUCUAUGCGGUCAUGUCACAAGCCAACAGUUCUAUCAACCAUGAUGUUCUGCAGAGUGUAAGUACAUUGCACCACCACCAGAUGAAUUCAAAAUUAGAGAGAGAGAGAAGAUGAAGAUAAGAUACAGCAGGAUUGAGAUUGAUGCGACAGCACUUGCUUAGUUAUUGAAUCAGGCAUCAUUAUUGCAGUUACAGCUGGGAAGAGGGCAAGGGGGAGCCUUGGCGCAGCGGUAAAGUUGUUGUCAUGUGACUAAAAGGUCACAAGUUCAAGUCCUGGCAACAACCUCUUGUGUAAAAACAGGGUAAGGCUGCAUUCAAUACACCAAAAUGGUGGGACCCCUUCCUGGACCCUGGGUAUGCAAGAGCUUUAGUGCACCGGGCGGCACUUUUACAGCUGGGAAGAGGGUCGAUUUAGUCUUGGAGAAGCAUAAUAAGCUGCUUGUAUAAUUCAGUCCUGCUUGCAAACAAAAUAGGUAAUUUCUCAGCACUAUAUGAGUGGCAGAUUUGGUUUGGUAGGUAUUAGGCUUGACAACGGCCAACAAGACCUAAAUCUAAACCCUCCUUGACUUUGACCAAAAAAUCAGCACAGGUUUGGGUUUAUGCAGCUACCAGGGAUGGAGAUGAAAAUGCUUUGGUAAAAGGUUCGAGGCAUGUCAAAUAGAGCUCACUUGCUGGCAACUACUAGGCAUCAACACCGGAUCAUCUUAGACUCCUCGCAGGAGUUACUUUUUUCCACUACUACUAAUUUCGUUGCAUCAGGUUGGAAGCAGAGUAUAGUGAAGAGAUUUUAUACAAUAGUUUUAUUCUCCAAAUAGCAGCUUAUUAAAUUUAGCUUGGUCUUAUAGCCAAUUUAUUGGUUGUGGAUGACAAUUUGGCUUGGUCUUUAGCUGAUUAAGAAUUGUUUGAGACCAUUGAGAGCUGGUUAACUUUGGAAUAAGAAUUACGGUAGACUUCCGUAACGUAGUCAAAAUUGUUUAGGGUAAUGGAACCAGGAAACAUCUUUUUUUGCUUGUUUCCAUGUUGUUUUGGUGUACAUGCAUAAUAAUGCUAGAUAUUUACAUAUUUAUCAUUAGGAUUUCAACCUUAAUUAUAUUCACGUCA